UUUCUCCCUCCCUCUGUCACUCUCACUCAGUGCUGAGUGAAACAACACAGUCUCCUUGUCUGACUCCUCAAAUCACUGUGGGCUUCUAUAUAAGCUGAAGCUGAGAUUUAAGAUCUGUAACUAGAAAUAAAAAGAAGUGAAGAAAAAAAAAGGCAACAAAGAAAAGAGAAGAAAAUAAGCUCAUUUGCUGAACUGAAGAGGCACCACACAGGGAUAUUCUCAGUAUCUCCGAUUUAUUUUGAACAUCUGCACAGGUUGGCCUCCAGAGACAUGGAUAUCCUUAUGGAUGAGGAUUUCAAUGUGACCGGUAACACCAGCCAAGGAAAAGGACUAGAAAGACUAGACAGGAGCAAAAGCCAAGGACUCAACCAUAGUGACCCCCUGGACAUGUUUAUAGGCAUGGAGCUUCUUCUACGCUACAAACCUCUCUUCCUGCCUCUCUACUGUCUCAUAGUGGUCGUAGCUGGUGUUGGAAACUCCUUCCUGUUGGCUUGCAUCUUGGCUGACAAGAAACUCCACAAUGCCACCAACUUUUUCAUUGGUAACUUAGCAGCUGGAGACCUGCUGAUGUGUUUGAGUUGUGUUCCACUGACUGUGUCUUAUGCCUUUGACAGCCAUGGCUGGGCUUUUGGGAGACCCCUCUGUCACCUGGUCCCCUUGCUGCAAUGUGCCACAGUGUUUGCAUCAGUGCUGUCACUCACUGCCAUUGCUGUGGACCGCUACAUUGUUGUAGCUCACCCAGUACGGAGGAGGAUCUCUGCGUGGGGUUGUGCUGCAGUGACUCUGGGUGUGUGGCUUUUAUCUCUGGCCCUGGCUGCACCUCCGUCUAUCUACACACGCUAUCUGGACCUGCAACCCAGUGGCAUUGACCUGGUAGUGUGUGAGGAAUUCUGGCCAAAUAGUGGCAAUCUGCGGCUGCUCUACUCUUGUUUCAUUCUCAUAGCCUCCUACAUGAUCCCGCUGCUGUCCGUCAGUGUAUCCUACUGUGCCAUCACUGUCAGCCUAAAACGCUAUUCAGUACCUGGAGAGCCAUCCAACAGCCAGCAGCGCUGGAGCCAAAGGAGGAAGAGGACCUUCUCUUUGCUGGUGGCCUCAGUGCUGGCCUUCGCUCUGUGUUGGAUGCCCCUGCAGGUGCUGAACCUGUUGCUGGACCUGGACACAGACUUCCACAUCAUGGGGAAGCGCUACAUAAACGUCUUACAAGUCUGCUGUCAUUUAGUGGCUAUGAGCUCUGCGUGUUACAACCCCUUCAUCUACGCCUCACUGCACAGCAAGGUGCGCAUGCACCUGAAAGGCUACCUCUGUCCUUGUCGCAAUCGUCAGAGGGGGAUUGUGGAGAGAGCAACGUCCAGGAGCUGAUAUCCGACCGUGCCCGCUAUACAACUGCUGAAGCAGCUCUUGAUAUGCAGAGCCCUGUCCUUACCCACAAGCUAACACCUGCACCCCUAACACCGAUGUUAAUGUCUGAGGUGUCCAGGAGAAAAUAAGACAACUGCUCAACAUCCAUUUAAACCAGAUUUAUCCAUGUAUUUCCAGCAUUUUGUGUCUUCAAGACAGUUCGUCGUCUCUUGUACAGUGUCACCAGAGGCAGUGCUAAAUAAGGCCAUUUAUGACAAACAGGCAAAGACGCAGAUCCAGACCAGACUGUAGUGUAGUAUGAUGAUGAAGAAGAUUAAGCCAUCCAUUGGGAUCCCUAUGUUUUUCUUGGAUGGCCAAGCUGCUGGCAUAGACACUAAGCUGAUCCUGCAGCUUUAAAAAGGCCAGCAGGGGCAUAAACAGACCCUCAGGCUGAGGGGCUCUAUAGCAGACUUGCUGGAGGCUGAGACCUGGUGACAGGGCCUGGUUAUACUUAAACAGUAGAUGCUUGACUUCAGGGAGCUGACCAAACAUUGAACUCUUCUCACCAGACAUGGGUUACAGACCAAGAAGAUGGCACUAUGUGAUUGUUUUGUUUUGUUUUUUUGUUUGUUUUUUUUGUCCCUUGUACUGAAUGUCUGUGCUUCAAAAUCUUAUUUUUAAUAUCAGUUAUGGCUCUCUUGUCUUAGAUAUGACAUAAAUUAUAUUAAAUUUAUUAUGUUGAUAUACACAUGUAUUUGCUAUUUUUAAUGUUAUUAUGUAGUAUUUCUUCUCUAUGAUUUGUCUUUACAGUCUAACUGUGUGUCAUCUGUGCACAUGGAUAAAUAAGUUUGUGUUUGUGGAUACAUAUGUAGUGUGAACAGUUUGUGUGGAAAAGAUCAAUAUGUAUAGCAGUGGGAGAAGAAAUCUGCAGCUUAUAUGUCACCUUCAAACCUCUGUUUGUAAAAUUUAAUCAACACCAAAUUCAUAAAGGUGUUACCUGAUGAACAAAGUCUCAGUGCUUUGGCUCUGUCUGGAAAACAAGCUUGACACAUUGAUCAACUUAAUAUUCAGAGCAUGAACAAUAAAGUCACCUAUAAGCAUGA